AUGCAGUCGCGGGUGGUCUGUCUCAGCAGUGGCAGGGGCGCCUGCGGGGCCACCGGGGCAGCGAAGAGGGUCCGGCUUCUUUUGCAACAGGUAGCAGCGCGUGGUCGACCAGUUGCCGGCGGAGAAGGUGGGCGGCUGCUGCUGCGGUGCCCUGUCCGCGCGUUGCACGGCGCCGAAGGUGAUACUGUUACCAUUGGAGAUGUAUCAUACACACUCAAAACUCCAAGGAAUCCAGAACUUGUCCCAGUUAACUACAUUUCAGACUCUCUGGCUCAAUCUGUAAUUCAGCAUCUAAGAUGGAUCAUGCAAAAAGACCUUUUGGGCCAAGAUGUCUUCCUUAUAGGACCCCCUGGGCCUCUUCGGAGAUCUAUUGCUAUGCAGUAUUUGGAGUUGACCAAGCGAGAGGUGGAAUACAUUGCACUCUCCAGGGACACAACAGAAACAGAUCUGAAACAACGGAGAGAGAUCCGAGCUGGAACUGCCUACUAUAUUGAUCAGUGUGCGGUCCGUGCAGCUACGGAAGGUAGAAUCCUGGUUCUGGAAGGCUUGGAGAAAGCUGAACGCAAUGUCUUGCCAGUGUUGAACAAUUUGCUGGAGAACAGGGAAAUGCAGCUUGAAGAUGGCCGUUUCCUCAUGUCAGCAGAACGUUAUGACAAACUGUUGGAGGAGCAUAGUAAAGCAGAGUUGGAUGCAUGGAGGAUUGUUAGAGUCAGUGAAAACUUCAGAGUGAUUGCCUUGGGUCUUCCUGUCCCCCGAUAUUUGGGUAACCCAUUAGAUCCACCUCUUCGUUCUAGAUUUCAAGCCAGAGAUGUUUACUAUCUACCCUUUAAGGAUCAUCUUUCACUGUUAUAUUUUAUUGGAUCUAAUGUUUCAACAGAGAGAAUUUCUCAGCUUUUGUCCUUUGCAACAACUCUUUGCACCCAAGAAUCCUCUGCUUUGGGCCUUCCUGAUUUCCCUUUAGACAGCUUAUCGUCUGCUGUGAAAAUUCUGAACUCCUUCCCUAUGAUGUCAGUCCAGGACACAAUCAAGUGGCUUUAUCCAUACAAUGUUCUAUUGGGGAAGGAAGGCAAAACAGCAGUAGAAGAUGCCCUAAAACGAUUUGAUCUCCAGGAUUCCGGAAGACCUUCUCCACCUAGGAGAGUUGUAAAUGUGAAAAAGAUGGACGAUGCUAAGACCAUGCAGGCUGACGUGACAGUUCAGAUAGCUGGAAAAGCUGUGACAUUUCAAGUUCCUGCUGGGAUUAAGCCCCUAGACAUGCAUUCUGGGACAGAUGGUUUCAUAAAGACUGCCAGCCAUGAACAGCUAUUGGCAGAAAUGAUGCAGUCCCAUAUGGUUAAAGAUAUUUGUUUGAUUGGAGAAAAAGGUUGUGGCAAAACAGUUCUUGCUAAGGAGUUUGCAGCUACGUUAGGAUACAACAUAGAACCUAUCAUGCUUUAUCAGGAUAUGACAGCUCGAGAUCUGCUGCAGCAAAGGUACACUCUCCCUAAUGGGGACACUUCCUGGAGACCAUCUCCACUUAUAACAGCUGCACUUGAAGGAAAGCUCGUUAUUCUUGAUGGUAUUCACCGUGUCAACCCAGGCACUCUAGCUGUCCUCCAAAGGUUAAUUAAUGACAGAGAUGUUACUCUUCAUGACAGUACCCGCUUGCUCAGGGAGGAUCGAUAUAAAAAGUUAAAAGAAGAGUUGCAGCUCUCAGAUGAAAAACUACAGCAAAGGUCCAUUUUCCCCAUCCAUCCUUCCUUCAGAAUAAUUGCCUUAGCCGAGCCCCCUGUCGUAGGAAGCACCACUCAGCAGUGGCUGGGCCCAGAGCUCUUGACACUUUUCCUUUUCCAUCACAUCAAGCCUCUGAGCAAGAGUGAAGAAAUUAGAGUUAUUAAGGAGAUGGUUCCAAAUGUGCCUAGUGCUUCCGUGGAGCAGCUGUUGAAUCUAACACACAAACUUCGUGAAACAAAUGAUCCCACUGCACAGUCCCUGGCAUCAUCCUUGUCUACACGGCAGCUAUUGAGAAUUUGUCGGCGACUAUCUCACUAUCCAGAUGAAAACCUCUACCAUGCUGUCAAUAAAGCUUGUCUUUCCCGGUUUUUACCCAACCUUGCAAAAUCUGCUUUACAUAAAAAUCUGCUGGACUCUGGAAUUGAAACAAGUGAUACUGAAACUCAGAAAAUGGAAGGAAAAGAUUUUAGCUGUGAAGUAAACUCAGGAAUCCUGAGGAUUGGGUCUGUCUCCAUUCCUGUGUACAAUCCCUAUGAGAGAAUGAAAGUGCCUGAUGUUCUCUUCUAUGAAAAUACUCAACAUAUGAUGGUGAUGGAAGAUAUGCUAAAAGACUUCUUGCUUGGAGAGCAUCUUCUCUUAGUUGGUAACCAGGGUGUUGGAAAAAACAAGGUGGUUGACAGAUUUCUUCACCUGUUAAACAGACCGAGAGAAUAUUUGCAACUACAUAGAGAUACCACUGUGCAAAGUCUUACUCUUCAGCCUUCCGUUAAAGAUGGCCUUAUCGUAUAUGAAGAUUCUCCACUAGUGAAAGCUGUAAAAAAGGGACACGUUCUAGUUAUUGAUGAGGCAGAUAAGGCACCAACAAAUGUUACUUGCAUUUUAAAAACAUUAGUGGAAAGUGGAGAAAUGAUUCUAUCCGAUGGAAGGCGCCUUGUCACCAAUUCUGCUGGUGUUAAUGGCAGAGAAAAUGUAGUAGUAAUUCAUCCAGAUUUUAGGAUGAUAGUGCUAGCAAACAGACCUGGAUUUCCUUUCCUGGGCAAUGACUUCUUUGGAACGCUAGGAGAUAUUUUUAGCUGCCAUGCAGUUGAUAAUCCCAAACCGAACUCAGAGCUUGCAAUGCUUCGGCUGUAUGGCCCUGAGGUUCCUGAGCCUGCCCUACAGAAACUGGUAGCUGCUUUUGGAGAGCUCAGAAGCUUGGCUGACCAAGGAAUUAUCAAUUAUCCUUAUUCAACUAGAGAAGUGGUGAAUAUAGUAAAGCAUUUACAGAAGUUUCCAACAGAAGGACUUGCAAAUGUUGUUCGAAAUGUCUUCGAUUUUGACUCCUACAACAAUGAAAUGCGUGAAAUUUUAAUUAGGACGUUGCAUAAACAUGGAAUACCAAUUGGAGCGAAACCCACCAAUGUACAAUUGGCUAAGGAGUUGGUAUUGCCAGAUCCAAAAUUUAUGGGCUACUGGAAAGUCAAUCAGUUGGGUAACGCUCGGCGGAAACUUUUGUGCCCAACUGAAACGCAUCGCAUAGAUGUCAAGGGCCCAAUGUAUUUAAAGGUGCAGGCAUUUCCACUGGAGAGGCAUGAAGCCAGGUCUCUGAGUUUUACCGAAGAACUAGCAUUUUGGUCACUUCCUUUGAAUGAAGUUAAUUUAGUGUGUGAUAUUGCCGUGGCACAAGAGAAUGAAGCUGAAAACACUCUUUAUGUGGCCACAUGCAAUCCUGUGUCCUUAUAUUUUAUGGAUAUGUCUAGUAAAAAUGGAUGCUACGUGGACUUGUAUGAUAUCUUCCCACGAACAGUUGGUGGUAUAUGGCAACCUUUUGUGACAUUGGCACCUUUGGGUACUCCACUCAAAGGUCAAGUAAUUCUACAUGAAGAACAGAGUAAUGUUGUUUUAUUGCUGGACACAAACUCUGGUGCCUUACGCAGGCUUUUACUAUCGCCAGAUAUGCAAGAGGCUCCUAAAAGAACAUCCUGGUGGGGCAGCAAGGACGAGGUGAAAAGUCACAAAAUGUGCAAAGAGUUUUCACACAAAAACUGGCUGGUGUUCUACAGAGAGGAAGGGAGCCAGCUCGUCGUGCUAGACGUCCUGGAGGGCCGUGCGCACACAAUCUCCCUGCCUGUCAACCUCAAGUCCGUUUUUUUAGUGGCUGAAGACCACUGGCUCCUUGUGGAGAGCAAAACAAACCAAAAAUACCUCUUAACGAAGCCUAUGCACAUGGAAUCUGAAGAGAACGAGGUUUGUCAGUUACAUGCACUGAAUGAGGAGCCAGAAGAGACCGGAUUUGGGCUAACAACAGCUUCGGAAUUGUAUGCGCCACAAGCAGUUUCAUCUGACCAGUUGUCUUCAGAAAAUCUAAGUGCAGCAGUUGGACAGAAAAUCAGCUCACCCAACAGAAUGCUGUCUGAUGAGCAUAAUUAUGCUACUCUUGUUAUUGGGUUUCCAGACCUUAUGUCCCCCAAUGAAGUGUACAGCUGGGAGAGAGGCUCCACCUUGGGUAAUAGGCAAACUCCAACUUCUGAUCCACUUUAUUAUGGAAAGCGUAGCAAAAGUGGAGUGGCAAAGCAAACCAAUUGUGUGACUCUUGUAGCUGCUAAUCAAGUGGUCAGAGUCUUGGCUCCUGGAGAUGUGCCUCUGAAAGAACUUUAUCCCAAAGAUGUUACUCCUCCCCAGGCUGCUGGAUAUUUGGAAAUCACAGAUCUUACAACAAAGAAACUUAAAUACAUUCCUAUUCCCAGAUCAAGGAACUUGACUCCCUAUACAUCCUGGCUAUCGAUGAUUUCAGACACUGAUGUCCUGUUGGCUUCACUAGGCAAAAAUGGUGUGGUUACUGUAGAUAUGGGGGGCAAUAUCAGGCUGUGGGAAACCAGCUUAGAAAGCCUUCAAAGGUCACUUCAGGAAUGGAGAACUAUGAUUGGGCAAGAGGAUGGCAGACCUGUACAGAUAACUAUCCAGAGAGACAGUGGUAUGGAUGUUAGCUCUCCAAAGCAUGGCAAGACUGAUCCAGAUAAUGCACCGCAUGUUGGCGGGAAUACAUGGGCCGGAGGAACAGGUGGGAGAGACACGGCUGGUUUGGGUGGCAAAGGGGGACCAUACCGGCUGGACGCUGGCCACAAGGUGUACCAAGUUUCUCAGGCUGAGAAAGAUGCAGUGCCUGACGAGGUGAAGAAAGCUGCCAGGGAGAUGGGCGAAAAGGCUUUUAAACAGAGACUAAAGGAGAUCCAGAUGAGUGAAUAUGACGCAUCUACAUAUGAAAGGUUCUCUGGGGCUGUCCGAAGGCAAGUUCACUUGCUCCGAGUUAUCCUGGAUAAUCUGCAGGCCAAAGGGAAGGAGAGGCAGUGGCUGAGACACCAGGCAGUUGGAGAACUUGACGAUGCCAAGAUAAUUGACAGUCUGACGGGUGAAAAAGCCAUCUACAAGCGACGGGGAGAACUUGACCCACAACUUGGGAGCCCUCAAGAGAAGCCCAAACGUCUCCGGCUGGUAGUGGAUGUUUCCGGAAGCAUGUACCGCUUCAAUGGAGUCGAUGGACGGUUGGAGCGUUCUAUGGAAGCGGUUUGCAUGGUCAUGGAAGCUUUUGAAAAUUAUGAACAAAAAUUUAAGUACGACGUUACUGGACAUUCAGGAGAUGGUUUCAACAUUGACUUGGUCCGUAGUAACAAAGUUCCAAAGAACAAUAAGCAAAGAUUAGAGAUUUUGAAGAUAAUGCAUGCCCAUUCUCAGUUCUGUAUGAGCGGAGAUCACACUCUGGAAGGUACAGCACAUGCCAUUCGGGAGAUUGCAAAAGAAGAGGCAGAUGAAUACUUCGUCAUAGUCUUAAGUGAUGCAAACCUUGAGCGGUAUGGCAUCCCUCCGGCAGAAUUUGCCCAAGCCUUGACCAUCAAUCCCAGAGUGAAUGCUUUUGCCAUAUUCAUCGGAUCCUUGGGGAAUCAGGCAGACAGGUUGCAAAGGACGCUGCCAGCAGGCCGCUCUUUUAUUGCCAUGGAUACCAAGGAAAUCCCACAGAUUUUGCAACAGAUCUUUACCUCCACCAUGCUGUCAAGUGCCUAGGAAGUGCCUGCUUUUAAUAAGUAAAUUGACAAUUGAAUAUGGAAAACAGUUUAGAGUAAUCACAAUAAUGUCCUAAUGCUAAGAGUUGUGACAUUGAUAACUUAUGCUUUCCCUUGGAGUAAAUAAUUAUAUUGUACAUUGGAAUAAAUAUUUUACUUGGAUAUGUA